UUUUGAACGCCAAACAGGUAUCAAAAUGUAAUAAUUUACUAAACGGCAGCACACAUUUUAUGCAUUUAUUCACGUCUGAUGAAAUAUGCUUGAACUAAUUAAUCUUUGGUUGUAUUUUUAUUACGGCAACUAUCGUCAUCAUCGUCAGUAAUGGAGAACCGUUUUUGCAUUCAUUAUUAUUUACGUCCGCUGGAGAUAAAACUAUAUUUCCGUAUAAAGAAUAUAGUUGUUAAGUUAAAAUGUCCAAAAGUUACGAUGUUGUAGUGUGUGGCUCGUGUAUAAUGGAUUUCAUAAGUUACGUUCCACGCCUCCCGAAGGUGGGCGAAACAUUGCACGGCACACGGUUCGAAACGGGAUUCGGCGGAAAAGGGGCCAAUCAAUGUGUUGCGGCAGCGCGCCUCGGUAGUCGCACUGCGAUUAUCGGAAAACUAGGAAACGACUCGUGGGGAAAUAUUUACUAUGAUGCCCUCCGGUCCGAAGGAGUAAAUCUAGAGCGCGUGGAAAUUGUCGAUGGGCAGACCACCGGAAUCGCCCAAAUUAAUGUGGCCGAUAACGGGGACAAUCAAAUUGUGAUCGUCGCGGGGGCGAAUAACAUGCUUCAAACGGAGGAUGUUCAAAAAAGUGAGCACUUACUGAGCGACGCGAAAGUUUUGAUUUGUCAGCUUGAAACUCCUGCGCUUGCUACAAUUGAAGCGUUGAGGACAUUUCCGGGUGUAUCUAUCAUGAACGCUGCGCCAGCGAUGGACGAUAUUCCCCAUGAACUUCUGAGGUAUUGCACGGUAUUUUGUGUUAAUGAGUUGGAGGCAGCGCUUAUUACAGGGUUGGAAGUUAGAACAGUGAUGCAAGCUAAAAAUGCAUUGCUGAAAUUACGCGAUAUGGGAUGCCAAACAGUUAUAAUUACACUCGGUGAAAAUGGGGCUAUUUUCGGUUCAAAAAUCAGCACAACAAUCAAACACGUGAAGCCACAUAAGGUUGACAAAGUAGUCGAUACUACGGGUGCAGGGGAUGCUUUCAUCGGAGCUUUGGCACACUUUAUCGCUCGAAAUCCGACUUCAGAUCUCACGUGCUGUAUUGCUGCUGCAAACAGGGUUGCGUCCAUAUCGGUUCAAAAACGUGGAACUCAAAAAAGUUACCCCAGAUUCGAAGAAACUGGUCUUCCAACCGAAUUGUUAUCCGACCAAGGGGAUUGGGAAUGCAUUUAGAUACGAGUAAUGUAGCCUUAUAAUCAUCUAUUGUUUUUAUUUUUAUUGUAACUGAAUAAAGUUUAGUAUGUUAUUACAAAUUA